AUGGCUCUCUCAGAUGAUGGGAACUUACGCACCAAACGCAAAAUAGAGCCCGCAAAGUCUACGAUUGCGACGAAAAAGACCAAAUUCUCUGGCACGAUGAAGUACACAGACGGGGGACAUCUCUACAUGGACAUGUCACCAGAGAACGUCCGAUAUUUUGGCGAGCCGUCUCCCGAAGUCGAUCAGGCUUGGGCGGAGCUCAUUGGACCGGCUAUGCAAUUCUCCAUGAGUCGAGAAGAGGCCGAAGCAUUGGCCGUGAAAUCAUAUGAACACCCAAAGGAUGGUUUCCUUGUUACUCCUGAUGUCUUGCAUACUCUGCAUUGCGUGGUAAGUUCGAAGUCAAAAAGUACAGGCAGUCAGCAGCGGCAAGGCACGCGUCGCUUACCCCUUGAUAAACGCAGAAUCAUGUCCGCAAGAUUAUCGAUAGCGAAUACUAUUUCAAGGUGCCACUACAUGGUCUACCUCGAAAACAAAGAGUUCACACAGGCAAGUUCCUUAUAUCAAGCAACCACCUCCCCCGAUCUUCUCCUACUUUCCAAUGAUAGCUAUCUCAGAUUCACUCCGAAGCUCACAAGUCGCGUCCGUGGAACAGAUCACUGCCUAAACCACAUCCGCCAAGUAGUCCAGUGUCACAUGGACCUGACGCCGGUGACGACCAUGUAUUUUGGGUCGGUCAACACCGAAGUCGGGAAUUUCGAGCAAGAGCACACGUGUCGAGACCUGGAGCCUCUGAGGGUAUGGGCGACCAGGAGGAAGCAGGCGGACCAAGCUAGGUUGAAGACCCUUGGUGAGGGAGGAGAUGGUCACCUGGGACCCCAGCCGCUCCCAACGCACGGCUACGUUGACAAUGAGGACGCUUUGUUGCCUUGGAACUCGACUCUGUCAGAGAUUGCUUAA